GGUUGGUUUUAUAACAGUUAUUAACAAAUACAUGCAAUUUGCGUUGUUACACAGGUCUUGAGUCAACAGUUUUACGGGUUUGGAGCUUAAAACUAGUGUAGACCUCACGCAUCACAGACUGUAUGAGUAAAUGAAAAGUUUACAACCACAGUAGGCUACUACAGGUUAUGGAGGAACCCACAACUUAUGAGCGACAUGUGUACAAAAAUGCCUCCGUAUAUCACUAUAUGAAGAUAUCCCUAAUUUUGGAGAAUGGAAACAAAAGUAUUUCCGCCCCACAGUUUAAACAAUUGAUCAUUUCUGCUCUUAAGGAUCUGUAUGGAGAGAUUGGAGCUGCUUUUCCAUUUGAUCUGUUGAAGUUUGAUGAGAGCUCACGGACAGCUAUAUUGCGGGUAUACAACAGGGGGCUGGUGAAAUUGUGGAGUGCCUUGACAUUGCUGGGAUCCUUUCAGGAGGUGGCUUGUGCUUUUAGGGUCAUACAGGUGUCACCUUUUUUGCUAGCUUUGUCUGGGAAUAGCCGAGAGCUGCAGUUCGGACUUCGUGAGGAGGGCCCACAAAAGACAUUAUUUGAAAAAUGACGUUUAUUCUUAGAAGAAAUAUUUUCAGCAGAAAUAUGUGUC